AUGUGCUGUGAAUUCAAGGAAAUCCCUAAAAGUGAUAAAAUUGGCAAGUGGGUUAACUCCGGAUUUCUUCAAGACUUCCCUAUGCACAUCGCGUUUGGUUACCAUUCUAUUGCUAUUUUUGUGGUUUAUCAAUGGAAAUCUCCGAUGAUCAGCACAAAAAUGGCGAAUCCGUUGGAUUUUUAUUUGAGCAAGUUCGGCGGGUUAUCCGAUUGUACCCCAAAGGAGGAUCGCAAUGCAGGCCACGGCGCUAUUGUUGUGUCCACGCACUGA